AAUUUAUUAUCACACUCUCUCCACUUCCGUUUUGCACUCAUUCACUUGCCAACUUCUUUUUCUUUUUUAUUCUAUUCAAAGAGCUCAAUCAUUCUUAUUAUUAUAUUAUUAAUAUUAAUAUAUAAUCAUGAGUAGCAGCAAGAGCAACAAGAAAGGAGGAAGAGGAGGAGGAGCGCCACCGGCUCCAAGGGCGGCGGCUCGCACGUGCGUGGGGAAGUAUGAGCUUGGAAAGACUAUCGGAGAAGGAAGCUUCGCGAAGGUUAAGUUCGCGAAGAACGUUGAGAAUGGAGACCAUGUUGCCAUCAAGAUCCUUGACAAGUCCCAUGUCCUCAAACAUAAGAUGAUUGAGCAGCUGAAGAAGGAAAUCUCGGCGAUGAAGCUGAUCAACCAUCCAAACGUUGUAAGAAUAUUUGAGGUGAUGGCAAGCAAAACAAAGAUUUACAUUGUUCUAGAGUUGGUUAAUGGAGGAGAACUAUUUGACAAAAUUGCGAGAUAUGGAAGACUAAAAGAGGAUGAGGCAAGAAGUUAUUUUCAACAGCUAAUCAAUGCAGUUGAUUAUUGCCAUAGUAGAGGAGUUUAUCAUAGAGAUUUGAAGCCUGAGAAUCUUCUUCUGGACUCAAAUGGUGUUCUUAAAGUUUCGGAUUUUGGAUUGAGUACUUACGCGCAGCGAGAGGAUGAACUUCUUCGCACGGCAUGUGGAACCCCAAAUUAUGUUGCUCCUGAGGUGAUCAAUGAUAGAGGCUAUGUUGGAUCUGCAUCUGAUAUAUGGUCUUGUGGAGUCAUUCUCUUUGUACUCAUGGCUGGAUACUUGCCUUUUGAUGAACCAAAUCAAAUGGCACUUUACAAGAAAAUUGAAAAAGCUCAAUUCACAUGUCCAUCUUGGUUUUCGGCCGAGGCGAAAAAAAUUCUGAAGCGAAUUCUGGAUCCAAAUCCUCUCACAAGGAUAAAAAUUCCUGAACUCUUGAGAGAUGAAUGGUUUAGAAAAGGAUACAAGCCACCAAGUUUUACAGAGGAAGAAGAUGUAAAUGUAGAUGAUGUAGCUGCUGCUUUUGAUGAUUCUAAGGAAAAUCUAGUGACAGAGAGAAAAGAGAAACCAGUUUCAAUGAAUGCUUUUGAACUCAUUUCAAGAUCACAAAGCUUUAACCUUGACAGCUUAUUUGAGCAGCAAACAGGAGUUGUAAAGAGAGAAACACAUUUUACUUCACAACAUCCUCCGAACGAAAUCAUGUCGAAAAUUGAGGAAGCUGCCAAGCCUCUGGGAUUCAAUGUUCGCAAGCGAAAUUAUAAGAUGAGGCUGCAAGGUGAUAAGAGUGGAAGGAAAGGUCACCUUUCGGUAGCAACCGAGGUUUUUGAAGUGGCGCCCUCCUUGCACGUGGUGGAGCUGCGGAAAACCGGUGGCGACACACUGGAUUUUCACAAGUUCUACGAAAGCUUCUCUUCAGGGUUGCAAGACAUACUUUAGCAUACUGAAGAAAAAAUUUGCGGAAUAAAAGGUGCCCCAGACAUGCAACUAUCCCGGUUCAUGAAAUUAUGAAUGAGGUAGAGUAAUUUGUUAAAUUUGGAGAGUUUUGAAAUUAAAUUUGAGAAUAAAUUAAACUUUUGUAUAUAGUUCCUUCAUAUCUUAAUUUUGAUAUAAUUCACUCUUCCCACAGAGAAAACUAGUAAUAAAAGACUCCAGAUUCUGAACAUGUAACACAAUUAAACAUAAGUAUUCUAUGAACUA